GGUUGAAAGGGUUAGUUACCAAGGAGGAACCCAUCUGACAAACAACAAGAAGACGAGAGACUCCAUACUGUUUACAGCGUUCAUAAGGGUUUUACUGUAUCAAACCAACGUCCUACAGAGAUCCACCGGAACCAAACUAUUCUGACAAUUAUCUCAGUAGAUUUGACUGACGUUGGAAGAGAUGAGAUCUAUGUUUUCCCACCCUGCCGUCCUGUUCCUGUGGAUUCUGAGUUCUAGUGGAUGGAUGCAUCCUAAAUGCCAGAUUUAUGACAGUAGUGAAGACUUGGAACACUUUCCCACCUGGAUCUGCAGCCAACUACCUCAUCAUGCAGAACGUUACACUGCUGCCUGUCAAGAUGUCACAGCCAUCGAGGAGGAUCUACUUGGACUUCCCCCUAAUAUCAAUACCCUCUGCAUAUCUAAGACACAUGGUGAAAAUAGAGCCAUGUCUCUGGGCUUUUUCUCUCAGUUUCAGGAUCUGGAGUACCUGUACAUUGAUGGCUGUUUUACUCAAAUCCUUCCAUCUGGGAACAGUCACCUUCCAAAUCUGCAACAUAUGCACUUAGGUAAAUGGGGAACUGACUCAGAUUGCUGUGAAUGUCAUAUUGGGCCCCAUACAUUCAGAGAUCUCGUCAACCUAAGUCAUUUGACUCUUUGGAGUUAUAGACUGUCAGCAAUGUCCCCGGAUGUUUUUCAUGGCAUUCCUCUGUUACAAAGUCUCAUCAUUAGGGAACCCUGUUUAGAGGAUUUGUCAGAGAUAGCAUGCAGAAUAAUGAAUAUUAAGUCACUUGUUAGGUUAUAUGUAGACGCAACAAACAUACGAUCGUUAAUCAUUUCAAACUGCUCUGUCUUAAACACCAACGAAAGCAUGACACCUGUUUAUAUAAAUCUAGCGAGGGUUGACUUAUCAUUUGGUGAAAUAACACAUAUAGAGGAAGGUUCACUGGCUUGGCUCCAGAACCUCACAAGAUUAACAGGGGAUUUCAGCCAGGAAGUCCUACUGGACCUUCCCCUGUCUGGGAUAAAACAAAUCCAGGUCCUCAGUUGCUAUGGGAUCAAUGUCAUUGAUAUUGAAAGUAUCUGUAAUGUAGUGUUUUUGCUUUCAAUCAAGAAAAUAUUAGUAAACAAUUUCAAUGCAAGCAACCUCUCUAUGUCCAGUGUUGAAUUGUGCACUGGGCUAGAAUAUAUGUAUUUAAGUGUACCUUUGUCUUUCCAUCCUACUACCCAUUUGGAUUGGCAUUUUAUUUCCAGUCUCAAAAACCUUAAUCAAUUAAACAUAGACGGCCUGGAAGACAACAGACUUGAUAUUUGCUCCUUCCAAAAACAACCAAUAACAUGGUUAACAAAUCUCACUUUAGGGUUGAAAAAUCAAAUGCUUUUUGCUAAACAAUUUAUCUGUCUUGUUAAGCUGCAGUAUCUGGAUAUUAAACAUAAUUUAAUUUCAAACAUUGAAGACUUUGCUUUCCUGGGAUUGACGAAUCUGGAGUCCUUAGACAUUACAAGUAAUAAGAUAACACAGAUAAAUACAAACACAUUUUAUGGUUUACAUAGUUUGACAUGGUUAGACCUCAGGAACAAUCCACUUAUUCACAACAUUGAGGCAAAGUCUUUCACACACCUCAUGUCUCUUAGACAAGUGUUUCUCGGGCAAGUGCACAACCCACUAACAGAACCUGUGAUCAAGCUGAAUCUGACACUUAUAUUUGGUGGCAUUCUGAGUCAGCUGACUCAUCUGUACAUUAGUUCAGCUAUGAGGCCAAUGCAGUUGACUAUCGGCAGUAACAUCACAUCUAAACAGAACCUGAGUCUCCAGCUCAAAGGCCAGACGGUGUCAUUUCAGGACUGUGACAGACCUUUCUUUCAGUCUGUAACCCAUCUUCAUGCUGAUGCUGAAGAAUUCCUUUGUGGAUCUGAAUUCAUGGGAAAGUACUUCACGUCUGUGGAGACAUUUGACUACAGAUCAAAGCUUUCAGCUAAAAGGGUUGAUUUAACAUCAAUUAAUCAGCUGAUUCACCUGAGGAAACUGACUCUACGACAGGUGGAUCUUUUAAUACAGCGUUCUGCCGACAUCAUUUUUCACAACUUGACCAAACUGGAGGAUCUGGAAAUUUACCACUGCAGGAUUUACUCUUUAGAGGGGAGUUUAACUAAAGACUUGAAAUCUUUGAAAAGAGUGUAUUUGCAUAUAGAGAACAUUUAUAAUGUAUUCUAUAGCUUUACUGAACCUCUCUCUAGUCUUCAGCAUUUGACGUUUAAUAAUUUACAGAUGUUUUGCAGUUGUGACAAUGCUUGGCUCAUUACAUGGGCAAAGGGGUGCAGGCAGGUUGAAGUGAUCAUGCUUGGUUCGUAUUCUAAAACCGGUAUGUAUGCUUUGGAGGACUUGAUAUGCUUGUCGGACAAUGGAAUAGACACACCUAAUUUUGUCAGGUACACAGAAGCCAACUGCACAACAGAGGUUGGCUUUGUGCUCUUUGUUGCGACUGGCCUGGGAGUCCUGUUCUUCAUGCUGGUGGUGUUGGUCCAUAACCUGGCCGGCCCCUACCUCCUCCCCCUCUACCACAUAACCCUUGGCUGGCUAUUAGAAGCCAUGCGAUCCAACACCAGGGGGCGCUACCACUAUGAUGCGUUUGUCUCCUACAGCGGGAAGGACGAGCACUGGGUGGUGGAGGAGCUGCUUCCCAAUCUGGAGCAGAGGGGUCCUCCUUUCCUGCGCCUCUGUCUGCACAGCAGGGACUUCCAGCUGGGGAAGGACAUUGUGGAGAACAUCACAGACAGCCUCUACCGGAGCCGCCACACUCUCUGCCUAGUCAGCCGCCACUACCUACGCAGUAACUGGUGCUCUCUGGAGAUGAAGCUGGCCACCUACAGGCUGCAGGUGGAACAAAGGGACAUCCUCCUCCUGGUCUUCCUGGAGAAGAUCCCCCCUCGCCGUCUGUCUGCCCACCACAGGCUGGCUCGCCUGCUGAAAACCAGGACUUAUCUGGACUGGCCCCAGGACCCCCUUCAGCACCAGGCAUUCUGGGACAGACUGUGGGCUAAACUGAAACCUCCGACUGAGCAUGAGAUCAGAGGUUGAUGUAGAACCCUGUGGACUGAAGCAUGAGAUCAGAGGUUGAUGCAGAACCUUGUGGACCUAAAUGUGACAUCAGAGGUUGAUGUUGAACCUUGUGGACUGAAGCAUGAGAUCAGAGGUUGAUGUAGAACCUUGGGUAUAGAAAUUUGACUUCAGAGGUUGAUGUAGGACUGUGUAGACUGAAUUGUGUCUUCAGAGGUUGAUGUAGGACCUUGUGGACUGAAAUGUGACAUGAGAAGAUGAUGUUUAACCUUGUGGACUGAAAUGUGACAUCAUAAGUUGAUGUAGAACUUUGUGGACUGAACGUGACAUGCAAUGUUGACACAUAUGUUGAGCUGUUGAAUUUGUUGUUAAAAGUCCUCCGUACAAAAUGUCUACCACUGUUUGAAAUUUGUUUUGUCAAUUCCUUUUAAAUGCUCUGUCUGGAGUUUACUCUUUGUGAUUCAUCUGAAAUUACUUUUAAUAGCCUUAUUUAAAUUUCUCAUAAAAACGUCCCAAAAUUUUAUCAGAUCCUAUUUGUGUUGUUAGUUGUUUAACUAAAUGUACUUGCGAGUUGUUUAAUUAAAUGUAGUUGCUAGUUAACUAAAUGUAUCUUUUAGCUGUUUAACUAAAGGUAGUUGCUUGUUGUUUAACAUUUUGUAGAUGCUAGUUGUUUAACUAAAUGUAGCUGCUAGUUGUAUAACUAAAUCUAGUUGCUAGUUGUUUAACUAAAUGUGUUGCUAGUUGUUUAAUUAAAUGUAGUUGCUAUUUCUUUAACCAAUUGUAGUUUCUAUUUGUUUACCUAAAUGUAGUUGCUAGUUGUUUAGCUAAAUGUGUUGCUAGUUGUUUAACUAACGGUGUUGCUUGAGUGUAGCCUGUAUAUGGUUCAUGGCACAUAUAUUUGAUACAUUUCCCCUUUCUGGACAAUGAAGUAAUUUCUGCGCAAUAUUGGAGGAAACAUAGUUUUAUUGUGGUAUUUCAUUACUGUUUAUGCUUUUGAUAAAGGCUUUCA